AUGGCCGCCGCCGCCGCAGCGACGCUCGCCCCGGUCUCCCCUCCGCUGCUGCCCGCCGUCCGCGGUCGCCGGGACGGCCAGCUGCGCCUCUCCCCCCGCCGCGCCGCCGGGUGCCGCUGCAGGGCCACGGCGCAGUUCCAGGGCGGCCCCGCCGCCAGCUACGCCCGCGAGAUGGAGCGCCUCUCCGCCAAGGAGUCCCUCCUCCUCGCCUUCAGGGACUCUGGAGGCUUCGAAGCCUUUGUUAGCGGCAAGACCACGGAGAUGCAGAAGAUCGACGUCAAUGAGCGCAUCGUCGGCCUCGAACGCCUCAACCCCACUCCUCGUCCCACAACAUCACCCUAUCUGGAAGGUCGAUGGAACAUUGAAUGGUUCGGUGAUAGCAGUCCGGGAACAUUUGCAUCCAAGCUUUUGUUUGAGUACGCCACUAUUUCUGGAUGCAAGCGGUCACCUACAAUUGUCGCACACUUUACGGGGCUUGAUGUGGUGAUCAGGGAUGGCUACUGCAAAAUUUCCUCGAACGUCAAGCUCUUGAAUACGAUACAAAACAGAUUUGUUCUGACCACUCAACUGUCCGUGGAGGGGCCUAUCAGGAUGAAAGAGGAAUACGUCGAGGCAUUUUUGGAAACCCCCAAAAUCAGUGAAGAAACACUACCUGAACAACUGAAGGGCUUACUUGGACAAACUGCAGGAGCUCUACAGCAACUUCCUGCCUCUAUAAGAGAUGCUGUUUCGGAGGGGGUUAAGUUACCUCUUAAUGGGAUGUACCAGCGCUUAUUCAUGAUUUCCUACCUUGAUGAAGAAAUACUGAUUAUCCGAGAUGCUGCUGGAGCACCUGAUGUCCUGACAAAACUGGAAGGGCCGCAACCAAAUCCAAUGGAGAACACGCCAGACGUAGUGAUUCCUGAAUAUCAAAGCUAA